AUGUAUUCUAGUCAUCAUUCCACAAAACCCACCCUUGUCAAUUACUCCUACAAAACAGUCUCACGAGUGACCCUCCCACCGUCGCAGCCGUUUGUGGCGUUGCUCAAGAGCACUCUGAUAAAAAAGACACUCUUCCCGGACGGCCACCUCUGCCGGUUCAAGAACCAACCAGCACAGAGGAGGGGCUUCCUCGGCUUGUAGUACCUCUUCCCAAUCCUCGAGUGGGGCCCGCGUUACAUGUUGGACUCGUUCAAAUCCGACCUUAUUUCUAGGAUCACCAUCCCUAGCCUUUCCAUACCGCAAGGGAUUAGUUGCAACCUACCCCCUAUCCUUGGCCUAUAUUCAAGCUUCAUCCCGUCUUUGGUUUAUGUUGUAUUGGGGAGUUCAAGAGAUUUGGCUGUCGGAACCGUAGCCAUUGGAUCGUUACUGAUGGGAACGAUGUUGGGAAGCAUUGUGAAUGAGGAACAUCAUGACCUCUAUCUUCAUCUUGCUUUCACUGCCACAUUUGUUGCUGGACUUUUUGAAGCUGUCUUAGGCUUUUUCAGAUUAACUAUUGUUUGUGGACAGGAAGGAAUAGCAGUGGGGAGAAGCUUCGCGAUGUUGAAAAAUUACUCCCUCCAGUACGAUAUUGAUGGCAACAAAGAGAUGAUUGCUUUCGGGAUUAUGAACAUCGCUGGUCGGAAUAUUGAUUGCUCUUCUUCUUACUUCACUUCAGGGGCAUUUUCACGGUCGGCAGUGAACUUCAACGUUGGCUGCAGAACUAUGGUGCCAAAUAUAGUGAUCAUGGCAAUAGCCGUGAUGAUCACGUUAUUAUUUCCGACUCCUUUUCCAAUCGUGGUGCUAUCUUCCAUUAUAAUUGCUGCCAUGCUCGGAUUCAUCGACUACGACGCUGCAAUCCAUUUAUGGCACGUUGACAAAUUUGACUUCCUCGUCUGCGUCACUGCAUACAUCGGUGUCGUCUUCGCCAACAUCGAUAUUGGACUUGUCCUUGCGAUUGGACUAUCUAUUAUGAGAGUAGUAUAGUUUGUUGCAAGGCCCAAAACAUUAGUUUCGGGUAAUAUUCCAGAUUCAAAGGCUUAUAGUGAUAUUCAUCAGUAUCAAAAUGCAAGUCUUGUUCCUGAGAUUCUCAUUCUAGAGAUCGAUUCUCCAAUCUACUUGGCUAAUCCCAACUACUUGCGACAAAGAAUUAUGAGAUGGAUUGAUGAUGAGGAAGACAGAUUGAAAUCGAUAGGAGAAACAAGCUUGCAGUAUAUUGUACUUGACAUGAGUGCCGUUGGGAACAUUGAUACAAGUGGGAUCAGCAUGCUGAAGGAGGAAGAUGGUUUAUUAAAUAGGGCUAAAGUGGUGAUGGUGAAUCCUAGAGCAGAGAUGAUGAAGAAGCUUAACAAGUCAAAAUUCUUGGAAACAAUAGGGCAAGAAUGGAUAUUUCUUAGUCUUACAGUGGUAGAGGCUGUUGGAGCAAUCAAUUACAUGCUUCACACUUGUACCCACCAAAUCAAUUUUCAUGGAUCUCACAAUGUGUGA